AUGGCAGCCGGAUGCAGCAGUGGAGAUGCCCCCUCAGCUUUUAAGUUUGUUGAGAGUGAAACUGGAUCUGUAAGCAGACUGUUAAUGGUUCGGACUGGAGGAUCGCUCAUUAUUCCAUGUUAUUAUGACAAGGCAUAUGCAGAAUAUAAGAAAUACUGGUGCUUUGAUUCUACAGCAUCAUACAGUUCUUGCUCUAUUCUAGCAUAUGCUAAUGAAACCAAAGGAAGAGUGUCAGUAAUUGAUCAUCCAGAUCAGAGUUUCUUUACUGUGACUAUGAGAAACCUGCAGAAUGAAGACACUGGAGCUUAUUGGUGUGUUGUGGAGAUUGGAGGAAUAUUUGUUAAGGACUCAACAGAGCAGCUUCAAAUCGAAGUUCAAUCAGCUCCUGAUGUGUCUGUGGUGAACAGCAGUGUAUCUGGACAUGAAGGUGGUGAUAUCAGUGUUCAGUGUUUCUACAGUUCUGGAUAUCAGAAUAAACUCAAACAGUGGUGCAGAUAUAAAGAUCAGAGCUGUUACACAGUGGGGAGGACUAACACAUCCCAGAAUUCAUCAGUCCAGAUCAGUGAUGAUGGGAGAAGAUCCUUCACUGUGCUGAUGACUGGACUGAGAUUCACUGAUUCUGGCUGGUACUACUGUUCUGCUGGAGAUCUGCACGUUCCUGUUCAACUUAAUGUCUCUGACAAUUCACAGGUUCCUUUUCUCAUGGUCAAUGAACCAAAACCAGAAGUUGUGACCACAGAAGGAUUUGUGAGAAUUAGGUUUCCAAAACCAGAAACAGUUAGCACAGACACUAGCACUGAGAAGAACAUGCCGCACAGAGAGGAGCGUUUCUGUCUGUCACAGAAUUAGAGAUCCCAGGCUCUUCUGACAUUGACCUGGAGGAAUUCUGAGCAUCUUUAAAUAACAGAGAUUGUGCUAAACUCUCAUGAGAUUUGCAUUUGCUUGAUCAGAAGUGUGCGUCUGAUUGAUGUGUAAAGCAACCAAUUUGUUUUCAAAGUCUGUAAAGGGGCGGGAUCAUCAGAAAUCAGUUACUGCGAUAAUAGAGACCAAUGGAGUAAGAGUAAUUCAAAUAGUGGCGUGACAGACUCAGAUCAUAAAACCGUCAAAGCACUGAUUAUUUCAGACAAACUGGUGGAAUAUAGGGUUCUGCUUGAAGACUAGUUUACUGACUCCAGCUAAACUGCAGUCAUCUGAGACUGAGCGCCAUCAACCUUAUUUUGCAAUGUGUACAGCAGUAGUGUAGCCAGAAAAGAGACUCUGGGUGUGCAUAUGAAAAUCUGGGUGUGCCACAUUUAUUGUCAGAUUACUGUGCAAAA